AUGAGCUUAAGUUACUGUUUAACAAAAGAGAUGGGAGAUUUUAAUUUUGGUGUAAAUGAAAGGAAUGCAAAUACGUUUCAUCGUACGAACUACGACGUGAUCGAGAGCUCCAUCUCGAAACGUGCGAAAAUGGAGGAGAAUUCUGAUCUUCAUAUGGAGACGGACGUGUCUUCGACGACUGGUGACGUGCCUGAUAGCCAGCAAGGAUCUGAAAAACUACCAGAUGUUGAGAUGGUUGUUGUUGUACAGGUUAAAGAAGAAGAUUCGGACAACAAGAAUUCCUCAGAAAUUAAGCCUAAAGAUAGUGAUAAAGCUGCAUUAUGUACUGAAUCAAAUCUUUCUCCUCUAAAAGAUGUGGUUUCAGAAAAUGUAGUGACUUCUCUUAGUAAAGACAAUCUAGUUCCUAAUGUAAAGGAGAAAUCACCAACUAAAUCAGAUCAAGAAAAGAUUCAAGCAUCACCAAAGAAUCCUCCCAUCAUUUCUGUAGACUUGCAUAACUCUGAGGAAACCAUAGACUCAUCAAAUCAUGUUAAGAAUGAAAACAAUGAAAAACAGGAAGAACAUACAUGUUCUGUUUCAACAGAGACACCAGUAACUAGUAUAUGUGUUUCUCCAGUAGCUAAACAAACAGAAUCAACUCAAAAAUCUCCUAUUAAGGAGCAAUCUGUAGAGAAAGCAAAGACACCAACUAAAGAAAUAAUACAAAAGUCUAAUAUUGAGAGUAAAGAAGACAAAAAAGAAGAAAGAACUAUUAACAAUCUAGUUGACAUGUGUGAAAAGUCUAAUGAUUCUCAAACAAAUUCUGAUAUUUCUGAAAAGGAACACAAUAAAAGCAUAAGUAGAGAGCUUAAAUCUCUUAUUAAAUCAGCCAAAGAAUCAAAGAUAAUUAGUGAAUGUACACAGCUCACAACUAAAACAAGAAAGUCCAGAAUUACUUUAGAUAAUUCUAACACAAGUCUGAAUACAUCUGUAGAAGUAGAAAAAAUCCAAGGUGUGCGACGUAGUAGUACUGGCUCACAAAAAAGCAAUUGCAGUGAGAAGGCAGAGAAGGUUCCAAUCAAAAGGUCUAUGAGGUCACAGAAUCCGGAAUUUGUGUAUAAGGUAAAACAAUUUCUCAAUUCAGUAACUGGAAAAUUUCAAAAGGGUGAAACUGAUGAUGAGGGGACAGAAGAUAAAAAAGAUGUUCAAUGUGGAUCUAUGUCCCCAUCCCCUAAAAAGAAAAAGCAAGAAGUACCAUUACCUGAAAUGAGUCCAGGCCGGAGUAAUAAACUACGGUCAGAUCCAUACUGUUGGAGAUGCCAUUGGCAAGUUGAACAAACAGCAAAUGAUAAGGGACAUCCACCUAUGCAGUGCACAGUUUGUCCACGCUCCUUCCAUUUCAAGUGUAUGUCGGGUACGGAGCGGAAUAAAAUAAAUACAGAGAAGAACUGGGUUUGUCCAGAAUGUUUGUCUGUUUUGCAUGCAGAAAGCUCUGAAACUAGGUCUCCAGCCAUGAAGAAGAUAACUUUAGGCCAUUUGUGUGAACUUUUGCAAUAUGCUUUGGAACGCAUGAAAGAUCUCAAUGGGGUGGAUCCAUUCCUACAGCCAGUGGACCGAGCGGCGUUUCCCGAUUAUGACAAGUAUGUCGUCCAUCCAAUGGAUUUAUCUCUCAUGAAGAAUAACAUUACUGAAGGCCUCUAUGGCAGCACUGAAGCGUUCCUGGCUGACGCGCAAUGGAUAUUACACAAUAGUAUCAUAUUUAAUACAUAUAUAGAUCAACUUCCAGUACAAUCUAAGUUAACGGGCGGUGCUCGCGCCCUAGUCCGCUCGUGUAGGGCGGAGAUGGGUGAGAUAGAGGCGUGCCCGGAGUGCUACGCGGCCGCCCACGCGCGCCGACCCACGUGGUUCACUGAUGUGUGUUCCACACCGCAUAUACUGAUGUGGGCUAAGUUGAAAGGUUUCCCGUACUGGCCAGCAAAGGGUAUGUCAGUGAGUAGUGCAGGCUUGGUGGACGUAAGAUUCUUCGGCGCUCACGACCGGGCGUGGGUUCCGGCGCGGGACUGCUUCCUGUAUUGCGAAAAGGACCCUAACAACUUUAGGACCAAACGGCAAGACAUAUUGGAUAGUAUGCAGGAAGCUGAACAACAUAUCCGCAACAUUUCACGAAAGUAUGGUAAAUUCGUCUAUCCGCCAUUUAAAACACAGUUUGAUCCUACUAAAUUGACAGAACAAGUGAAAAUGAUGAUACCAACAUUUGAAGGUGAAUUGAGGACGCCUAUUAAGGACAAGCCAAAUAGUUCACCUCAUGGUAGCGCUAAGGAGAAAAGCAGGUCCAACUCUAAAAGCUCUAAGAGUUCUGUUAAUGACGGAGAUAUUAGUGAAAAUGAAGAAAGCCAAAUGACGCCAUUACGUAAAAUGGCGGAUGGAGCUGAAAUAGCUCGAGAGGAAGAAGACUUUGCGAUCGAAAAGGAUAAGCCUAUAGAGAUUGAAGUUCCAAGUAAGGAAAAAGAGAUGUGCAGGAAAAGGCGCAGAUCUGAAUUAGAGGAAGCUGUUUUAACAGUUAUAGAAACAAGUUUUUGUGAGAAACGACCGAAAAUCGAUGAAAAUGAUAAAAGUUCUGCCACUAAAAAGUCAGAGGAUAUCAAGGACAAAUCGUUAGUGGAUAUUGUCAUAGAUGUAGACAAGCCAAUAGCUGCAGUGAAUAAUAAGAUUGUCGAUAUGGAUAUUACUGUGCUGCCCAAUGAAAAAACGAAGGAAAUAACUAAUAACACAGAAAUAGAACCUGUAAUAGAUAAAACACCUGUAAAAAUUAAUCUUAAAAUCAAACCAACUAGAUCAAGUACACCUAAGGAUGAUAAAAAAGACGAGAAACCUAACCUAACACCAAAACUAAAACCGGUAAGAUCAGAAAAGUCGACUCCCAUAGAAAAAGAUAAACAAGAGGAUAAAAAAGCACAAAAACGUAGAAACUCUAGAAAUAAAUCAUUAAAUAGCAGUGUAAGUUCGAAAGAGAAAACAACUGAAAAGAAAAAUGAUAACGCAAAUACUAAUGGUAAAGAAAAAAAAGAAAAUGGUCCGAAUAAAGCCAACGAGAAAGCUGUUAAAGUUGAUCAGAAAUCAAUUAAAGAUCGGAUUCAAUUCGAUGAUGAUAUAAGUUUAGCAGUGAUAGCUAAACAGUCUAAGACAAGUACAGUGUUACCAACCAUUAGCAGCGUACGAAGUCUGUCCACAACCCCUCAGAAUGCAGAUGCGCCAAAUAAAAACACCGAAAUAAUAAUUGCCAAUUCAGAUUCUAGCAUAUUCACACCGACAAGUACUGAUAAUGUCAGAAAUAUGAAGGAAGCUGUUAAUAAGUUGCAAAAGCUACGAAGCGAUACUGAGACGCCGGUUGGACGAGUCGGGGUGAGGGCGUUCGCUCGGAUGACGUCACCAGACCGUCCCAAGCCCACAGAAGAUGUGGAAAUUGAAAUCAAAUCUGAGCCAAUUGAUUUUGAUGAUGCAGAUCGACAGUCCGAGAAAAUGGAUCUAAUGAAUGCCUUCCACCUUCGCCCAGUUAACCCACCGGCUUCUAAUUUGCGAGGCGUGCGAAUAAACAAAGUCGUGGUAGCGCCUAUCGCUAGGAAAACACCAACAAAGCCUGCCGAAAUUCGUGUGAAGGCUAAGAAAACCUUUCCUCAGCCGAGGAAGCCUGAUGAUGGAAGGUCAGAGUUGAACAGCAAGAACUCAAUGGUAUACAUUCCCAUACAGCCCCCGAGUACACAGGCGCCGGUAAGACCGACCCGCCCCAUUACAGUUAACGGCUCGGCCAAUUCGCAGACGACCAGGCCGCAAGUAUCUAGUAGUACUUCUUGUAUUGCAAGCACAAUUCUCAACACGACAAUCCCACCAGUACCAAUAACAACAAUGACGAACACCAUUUCCACGCCCACGGUAGUGUCAAAUUGCAUCAACAACCCGAUAUGCGUGCCCACAGUUGGGCAAGUGCCCACGACAGUGCAGACUGUGCCGUUCAUAACAUCGGUUAAUGGACAGUGGACAUUCAGCUUGCAGCCAAUCAUGUCUGUUGGUGGCAUUGAUGGAUCUCCGUCAUCCCCAGUGGUAAACGGUUUGACAGAACGCAAUAACAAUGCCAUGGUCCCCAUAGUAACGCCCGCCGUAGUUUCCGCACCCAUCUUAAACGCCCUACAACCUGCCCAAAUACAAACUACCAAUAACACCAUUGAAAACCCACCUGGGCCGCCUCGCUUGCAACAACGGCCGUUACUCAACCCUCUAGACUCGAAUACUCCGAUCGGUUCAGUCCCGCCGCCGUCGAGCGCGGGACCUCUCACUGCCAAAUUAAACCAAAAUGCUGUUAAGUUAGCAGACUUCUUUAGGCUGUUGCUAGAAGAUUCGCUGGACAAAAUAGAAGAGCCGGCCUCCCACGUGACCGCGCUGAAGUUACAGAUGGAGCAAAUGCAGUGGAGGCAUCAACAGGAGAUUAACGAAUUAAAACAUAAUCAUGAUUUAUUAAUAACGGAAAUGCGAGCGUCCCUGGAAAAAGCGACAGCGCGCGCCGUCAGCGAAGCGCGUCGCAACGCGCAGAUGGAGUUAGAGGCUGCAGUUAAAACGGCUAAGGCGAAACAGUGGUGUGCGAAUUGCAGUCAAGAAGCGCAAUUCUACUGCUGUUGGAACACGUCGUACUGCGACUAUCCGUGUCAGAAGGCGCACUGGUCGCAGCACUCCAAUGUUUGCGCGCAACAGAGAAAUCAGGAUAAUAAUGGUAAUGACAACGGGAGCGCGUUAGAGAAAAGACUGCAGCCAGCCCCUGAGACUCUACCAAAAAGCACGUCGUCGACACCAGUGCUGACUGUUGGCGGUAAGAUCGCACCGACGCGCACAUUCGGACAGGACAGUCCGCAGAAGGCUUCCAUUAUCGUGAGCAUGGUGGAAGAUCAGAGCGGUAAUCAAACAGUGAAAUGCGUCGGCACGUACAAGCCCACCGCGUCCCAACAGGGGCCGCCGUUACUCAUAAAUAAACAAAUAAUGAAUAAUGAAGAAAAUGCGGCCAAGAAAGUGGUCACUUCCGGCGGUUAUCUGAUAGUGGGCGCCGGAAGCGGGAACCAGCCGCUUGUGGCGCCCUCCCGACGUCAACACACCUUACAAUAUUACACA